AUGGCCACCGUGGCAUGCGGAGUCGGAGCGGCCAUUGGUGCCGGCGUAGCCCUGGUGCUAGCCCUGCCAGCCUACGCACUCAAGGAAGUCUAUGAAGGACGCGCCAAGUCUAACAUCAAGCGCCACCUGCGUCGCGGACGCAAGUGCCGCAUCAACUUUGGCGACAUGGACAUGCCCGUGAUUAUCGACACAAAGAUUGUCGGCUGCGAGCCGCCGGCCUACGGUGAGCUGUUCGACCGUCAGGCAACCCCGCCGCCCCCGUACGAUCCGAAGGCGGCCGCCGAGCAGAUGAAGAUCAAGCUCGGCGAUUUCACCUCCGUUAAGAUGCAAAUGGGAGAGCCGGGCUCGGGACUGAGCAGGGGAGGUGGUGGCGGAGGUUCGAUCCGUGAUGCCGGAGGAGCGUUCGGAAAGCUUGAGGCCGCCAGGGAGGGCGAGUAUUUCCAUAAGCUGCAGGAGAAGCAAAUUGCUGAAAUGAAGAAGCAGCUUCAGCACGAAAUCCAAUUCUCGGAAGCCGAAGUCAUACGCCAGCGCCAACACCUUGAAGCUAGCCGAGCGCGCCUCGCCGAGCUCGAGCAUUAUGCCCGGAACAAGCUGAGAAAAUCGUCGAAUGAUUUGAAUUUUCGGUGUCCGCAGUAU